UCCAGCCACAGGCGCAGAUCCUGAGCCACAGAGCCACCACUCCGCCCUGUACAUUUGCUGCACUACGUGUCUUAACACUGAGGAUAUCCAUAAGCAUAACUGGUAAUAUUGAGAUUUACUCUUCUGCUCUCUAUGUCUGCAUGACAAUUGUGGAGUCCUGAUGACUAGUAAAGACAGUGAAAACGUUGACUGUGUGCGCCCAGAGAAAUUAAAGUAUUAAAGGUGGACAGUGUCUCAGACAGUGGAAGACUGCUGCCGCCUUGUGGUCAGGCGUGAGAUAGACCUGAAGACCAGCGGCAUGACAUCUUUAUUCGUGAAAGAUAAGAAGGAUGACGUCCACAGCGGCUCGUCGAUUGGAGCUCAGCCCGGUUUCCAGCGAGUUAAGCGGACGAGAGAGCACGUGACUCCCCUCCGUGUAGGAAUUAUCCCCCAACUUAUUAUUACACAACUGGGUGAACUGGAGCAAAUGGGGUACAGUAUCUCACUCAAGGCACACCAGCAGCGCCUGCAGCAGGGACUCGAACCCGCAACCUGCCGCUGUUGUGUUCAAACCCAAUAGGUUAUACCGCUCCCUUAUUCAAGAUUCAAGAAGAGCGAGCAGAAAAUAAAACAAUCUUAAUAAUAAAGCUGCACGCCGCGGUGACCAGGCGUCAGGAGUGUUUUUUACAUUUCACCUUUCAGCGGCAUCCGGGGCUAUGGCACUUUUCGACAGAGGGUAAUGAGAUCUUAUUUGUGUGCCAGAGUAAUUAAGGAAGGGUACUGUACAGUCUAGGCGGUGUCAGACAUUAAGACGUCCGCGUAUGCCUCAGCAGCUGGACUGCCGCUGGUGCAGCUGCGCAGACUGUAGGGCUCGGCAGUCCGUCUGACGUACAGGAAGUGACGCGUUUUUAAAAACCUGAAAGAGAUUUAAAAAAUAACAAUACAAAACCAAAUCAAAUAUACGAUUAAAAUUAAGAGCGCACGGCACGGCCGGGGCUGAGUUUUGCGCUGGGGCUGUGAGGAGCCCCGUGCUGUCAGACCCGACUUCCUGCGGGCUCCCGUGAUGCCGCAGCCGCGGCGGCGGAUUCAAACCGAGCCGGGGCUGAGGCUGAGGAUGGCGGAGCAGCGGCGGCCGGGCAGCCCGGUGACGGUGUACCGGGACCCGGAGCCCCUGGACCAGAGGAUGGCGGUGCUGGACAUCGGUGCGGCAGUUACGUCGGAAAACACAGACGUCUCCUUGCCUGGCAAGACGGGAGCGGGCGGCCGCGGCGAGGAGGAGAAGGAGAACCGGCUUCCCGGGCCGGGCCAGGCCGCAGUUUUAGUGGAAGUCGACACUGCGACUGGGGGGUCAGCCGGCUGCCCUCGGUGUGUGGACGCCCCGGCCAGAGGCUCUAGGCCUCGCGCGCAGGCGGAGGACGGCCGUGUGUGCGUGGUGUUCCGCGGUGCCGUUGCCCACACCAGCUGCUGCAGGUUUGCCUGCGAGCUGCUCAAGUUCGUGCUGUACGAGCGCCAGCAGCUGCCCGCGCCCUACGACCAGCUCCUGCUGCUGCAGGAGGCGACAGCGCCGGCGGGCCGCCAGGGCGCCCUCCGCAGGCCCAUGAAGACGAGCGGCCUGGACGGCCGGCGCUGUCAACAGACGCUGCGGGAGCUGAAGGAGGUGCUGCAGAACCUGGAGGUGCUGUUCUCCCUCACCCUGGUGCCCCGCGUGCUGCUGCUCCUGGGGGGCAACGUCAUGGCGCCCAAGGAGCUGUUCGAGAUCGAUCUGGAGGCCCUGGUCCUGGGCGAGGAGGCUGGCAGCCUGGGCACGGCCGCGUGCCUGCGUCAGCUUUUCCACACCCUCUUCGUGGCGGACGUCCUGUUCAAGCCGCAGCCCAGGAGCCUGGUGGCCACCACGGUCAUGGUGCUGGGCCACCGGGACUGCGGCGUGGGCUGGUUCCGGCCCAGGCAGGACUACACGGUGCCCACCAGGGCGAAGAGGCAGGUGAUCGCUCUGUCCUCCGACACGCACCCCCCCACCCCCGCCCAGGGCGAACAGCGGGACUGGGAGGAUUAUAUCUGGUUCCAGGCGCCUGUGGUCAUCAAGGGGUUUUGCAAAUGAGAGACAAUGGUGUGAGAGCCAGACGAGAUACGCGUUACACUAAGCGAUGUGGCAAAAUAAAGUUGGGCAUGAGUCAGCAUGGGACUGUGGGGGUUAUCCGCACAGGGAGAAAGCCCCCCUUUCCUGCUUUAAGAAAUUUACCUCUGCGGAGCCUCCUCAAGGUCAGUGCGGGAGGCCAUCGGUGCUGUUUUUUUAACUUGUAAGUUGUGUGGAUGUCUUUCAAUUCUAAUGUAAAUUCGUUUAAAGUAUUAAAGUUUUAAAGAAUGCAGCA